AUGAGACUCGAGGAUGUUUAUGUGGGAUUCAAGGUUCCUGUCAAGAAGAUUGUAAAUGGGACCGAGGAAGUGUUUAAGGCAGAGAUCCUGGGAAGAAGAACAAACAAGUCUGGACUUGAGUUCUAUGUGCAUUAUGUAGAGCUGAACAGAAGACUUGAUGAAUGGGUUGAUGGAUCUAUGGUUGACUUGGAUGAUCCAAGCCAGAUAGAAGUUCCAAAGAAGAAAAAGGCUGAAAAGUCAAGAAAAACCUCUGAGAAGGAGGACGAGGUGAAAGAAGAAAAGCCCACACUAGAAAAACCUCCACAAGAUGAAGAGUUCAAGAUGAAGAAUGUUAAGAAAAUCAUGCUUCGGAAUCAUCUUGUCGAUGCCUGGUACUUCUCACCGUAUCCAAAAGCAAUAGCAGAGAGUGAUGUUGUUUAUAUAUGUGAGUUUUGCUUGUAUUACUUCAGUACAAUGGAUAACUUGGUUCUGCAUGCAAAGCAGUGCAAACUUCGACAUCCUCCUGGAAGGGAAAUAUAUCGGGAUGGGAACCUGAGCUUUUUUGAGUGUGAUGGGCACAUACAAAAGAAUUACUGCAGAAAUCUAUCAUUACUAUCAAAGUUGUUUCUGGAUCAUAAGUCACUUUACUAUGACAUAGAUGUGUUUAUGUUCUAUGUGCUCUGCAGACUUGAGGACAAUGGGUACCAGAUAGUAGGAUACUUUUCAAAGGAGAAGAUGUCUGAACAAGGAUACAAUCUUGCGUGCAUCCUCACUCUCCCUUUUGAACAAAGGAAAGGAUAUGGAAAGAUUCUGAUAGACUUCUCGUAUCUUCUUAGCAAAAGAGAAAAUAUGAUUUCAGGGCCGGAAAAGCCUCUAAGUGAUCUUGGAUUGCUCAGCUACAGAACAUAUUGGAUGGAGGUGAUUGUGGAAUACCUAUCAAAGCAUAGCAAGACAAGUAUUGCAGAUAUAUCGAAGGAAACCCAUAUAUCUGAAGAUGACAUAAUAGGAACCCUUUCUGCAUACAAGAUGCUGAGGAUAGAUGGAAACGAGUUUAUUUUCACAUACGAUGAAAAGCAGCUGCAAAAAGCCCUGAGGUCCAGGAGUAAGUGUGUGGAUGGAUCUCUUCUUAAGUUAUGCUGA